UCUCAGCUUGCCUUCAAGUUCCAGAGCUUCUCUUCACUGUAUUUGCCUUCGGCGGCCCCCUUGAUCCAUCUUGAAUGAGGGAUCGUGUAGCGAGCAUUCUAUUGUUAUUUUAGGUUGCAGAUCACACUCAAGACCAGCAAGACACGGACUCAAGAUCAAGAACUCCAAGUCAGCAACAGCUGACAACAUUCUAUAGAGCCGCAGUUGAUGAGAGCUGAGAAAGGAUGGCCGAAACAAUGUUAGUGAGAGCAGCAUCAGCAAUUUGGAGACAGAGGUGAUGCAUUCGCUGAAUCAUAGUUCGUUCUAAAGGAUAAUCCAAAUAGCUUGAAGCCUGAUUGCCCUGUGUUAGAAGGGCUAGCUCUGGCGCUAGACAUUCGCAGAUUCUGAAAGAGCAAAGCUGACAGACAGCAGUGACGCCUGGUUAUAGAACGUUUUGCAAACACAGACUGCCACACAGGCUCAUGCAGAGGAUUGUUUGACAUGCCCUGCUCUGGCCACACACUUUCAAUAUGGUCAGUUUGAGUGAAGAGCAUAUGGGAACACUAAUGGGCAGGCUAACCAAGCUGAAAAGGGCAAGCAUAAUAAGAAUUUUGUUUGUAGUUUCGGCUUGUGUGGCCAUUCUCGUCAUGGUGGGGCAAUCAAGAGCUUCCUAUCAUCCCAAGGCAACUCCUCGCUUCUACAUGAAGGAAGAGGAAAUUGCGGUUAGCGUGACCAAAAUGACGUCCGCCAAGACACGGUUCCACUUCCUUGCUGCCCAAACAAUGCUGAAGAGACAGCAGUGUCUGGUCAGCUGCAAACUUGGCAGCCUUUCCAAAGCUGAUGCCACAGCUUUCAAGGAGCGCAUUGAGGCCGAGUACCGAGUCCACAUGACUCUUGACGGUCUGCCGAUUGCAACAGUCAGGGUCUUGACCAAGGACGGUGUUCCCUACAAAGCCUACGACCAGGGCUAUCCAAUCGGCUUCAAAGCUCUUGAUGCAACCGGUGUAGAACAUUUCUUCUUGUACAACCAUCUUCGCUUCUACGUGUUAUAUUACAAAGAGACAUACGAUGCUGAGCUUGGACAGAUCGUCGGCUUUGAGGUCGAGCCGUUAAGUGCGAAGCACAAGUAUGAGGCUCCUUGGAACGCCGAGGCGCCCCUACUGUCGACCUGCAACCCGAUGACGAUGACGUUUGUGAUGCCGGGGGACAUGCCCCAAGCAUUGGAAAUGGGCGAGGAGAUUAUUUUCACCUAUGACGUCGUCUGGAUGGUCAGCGACAUCCCCUGGGCACGUCGUUGGGACACGUACCUCCUGAAGGAGUCGACCCAAAACUAGCUGACCACGAAUUUAGGGGAAGGAGACCUUUGAUCUGACCUCCGGCUUUACGGUCUAAUCGUGUGGCGCCAGCAUAUGGGCCGGGUGUCGGAUCAUGAAUAGAAGCUGCGAGUCGACAGCAUCGAAAGCUUGAACGCUUGCAACCAAGUAAGAGCACUAUCCGUUGUCGCGUCCUCCAACAGUUCUCCGCCAUGACCUGGUCGUAGAGAAUGGCAGUGGCCGACGAUGGGGCCCGGCGAACAUCACAAUCUCUUCUCGAGUGUAACUGAGCGCGACGAGUCUUGUCCUUUAUAAUUUCGAGGCGCCCAACAGCUCCUAAGAGGAGUUUUUUUGAAAUAUGGGCGAGGCGCCCAACAGCUUCUUUGGGAGACAUUCCAUCUUUCAAAGGAAAGGACUCGUCACGCUUACUUACACAGCUCAUAACCAAAACAUUAUCUUUUCCCAAAGCCUCCAGGAACGUGGAGACACUCAGAACUUGACACGUGUUGCCCGAACUACUGUCCCCUGUACUGACGCCUGCCCCACAUGUGCCAAGCUCGUUGGGCUCAUUGCCCCAGACAAUUGAAGACCGCU